AUGGGAGUAGUGGUUGAAGAAGUGGAUGAAGGACAGCCAUGUUUAGCUUGUGUUGAUAGAUGUCCUGGAUUUACAGGUCAUGAAUGGAGAUAUACAUGUCAACAUUGUAAAUGUCCACGUCAAGUUCAUGACAUCUAUAAUGAAAACUUUGUUAACAUCCGAGAUAGAUUGGGUUGGAAAAGACAAGAUGAUCCUAAUUCACAGGUUUCGAAAGAGGAUACAUUGAAAUAUGGUUAUACCUGGGUACCUCCAGGGUUAUCCCAGGAUAAGAUUGAAGAUUACAUGGACCAACUUCCUAAUCAUAAAGUGCCUAAGAUAGGUACACCAGGGGAAAAAUAUAGAGAUAUGCAAAUUAUUCUUCAACUACCUAAACAAGAUCUAUCAGAAGAUUUCUGUAAAUCAUUAGAUAAGGAAUGGGAAAAGAAAGAAUUUCGAAUAUUUCGUGAUCUAAGAGAUCAGGUUGCUAUGGGUAUUGGUGUUGUCAAAGAUUCAACAACUACAACUAGUUGUUUUACAUGUAAAGGUGAGAUAGAAGAAGGGGAGUUAUCUGUCUUUGCUAGUAAGAUGGGAGCAGACGUCUGUUGGCAUCCAGCAUGUUUUGUCUGUGAUGCUUGUGAUGAACUACUAGUUGAUUUAGUCUAUUGUAUACAUAAUCAACAUAUAUACUGUGAACGUCAUUAUGCUGAAAUGAUUCGUCCUCGUUGUCCAGGUUGUGAUGAGCAUGCUUCAUAUAUGCGCUUGAUUCAUAAUUCAGCAUGUAAUGGAACAUAA